UGUUAGUAACUUAUGGAGCCGUAAUAUUGGCGCCGUUAUCACUAGCGCAAGUUUCAUGGUUCCGGACCAUAAACUUGAUAAAGAAAGUAAAGCUCUACGCAUUAUCGGCACGGACGGCACGACUGAAACUGAACAACCCCUCUCUUCAACAUAGAUGUCAGGUAGCUGCUGCAACUGUCCUCUAUAAGAUGCACAUCAGGCUGUGCCCUCCAGACAUGAAGACUAGCAGCGCGUUCGCUGUCGUCGCCGGGGGACAUCUGUGAGCGACUCCAUGUCCGGCAAAAAGGAGCGAGAGAGGGUCGUCGUCCACAAGCAACAGAGGCUCUGUGAUAUGGCACGGAAGCGCGAAGAGAGGAGCAUUAAAUCGGCACACAGGCGCGAGCGGGCGGUGAAACUCGGCGGCAUGUGGUCGUACUUUGACGACGACAACAACUUUGUGAAGUUUGCCAACCAGCUGAUGACGAUGGGUCUGUGUCUGCGCGAGAUACCGGGAGAUGGGAACUGCCUGUUUCGCUCACUCGCCGACCAACUAGAAGGUCAUCACCGCCACCACAUGAAACAUAGACUGGAGACAGUUGAUUACAUCGGGGCACAUCGCAAGGACUUUGAACCUUUUAUCGAGGAGCCGUUUGAGCGAUACGUGUCGAAUCUACGCAAGCCAGGUACAUAUGCCGGGAACGAUGUCAUCGUGGGAUUUGCCAGGAACCAUGGCCUACACGUAGUUAUCCAUCAGCUGAACCUACCACUGUGGAAGAUCCAUGGCAGUGAGAAAUCCGGAUGUCGUGAGCUGCACAUCUCCUACCACAAUGGUGACCACUACUCAAGUGUUCGCAGGAUUGGAGACCGGUCAGAAGCGCCAGCGAACAUUCGCCUAAUGACUGCCGAACCACCCAGGCUGCGGGAAAAGGAACGCCAUAGCAAAUCCUCAGAGAAAGUCAGUAGAGAGGCAAACGAGGAGGUGAGAGACUCCGAUCCUCCGUGCGGCAGCUACCACCCCGCUGUCCCCUACCCCCAGCACGGCACGGUGCUGCCACCCGGUGACGCGUCGCUGAGUUACACGACACCGGAUGGACACACGAUAUUCCCGGAUGAGCAUGGCGUGGCAAAGGCAGUGCGAGGAGUGUCAGACAUCGCUCGCUACAUCAUGGCAGAGACGGGCUUCGAGAACCAGGCCAAUGUGGAGAGUCUGUUGGUGGAUAUGGAGUUUGAUGUCGACAUGACGAUCUCUCACAUCGAGCAGCUAAAGGAGCUCGCACCCGCCUCCACGCCAACGUCACCUUCAACGCGACCUUCAGCAUCAGCACCGCGACCUUCACCACUACCCUGCCAGGACGCACUGCCAUCGCCGACCAGUGACCUAGGAAUGAACCGGUCCAGCGAUGCAUCGAGUCCUGUGUCGCCAUCUAGCGAGAGCGCUUCUGUAGCUUCUGUACAGACGAAUGACAGUGGCAUCUGGUCACAUGACAGUCCGUCCAGGACGCUGAGUCCGUGUGAGACAGACAGCACGAGUAGAGUGAGCUCCGGAUACGGAUCACACUCCAGUCGUGCGAGUGGCGCCAAACCCAAGGUCAAGGCUUUGACCAGCAAACAAAGAAAGGAACAGGCACGCAUGGAGAAGAAGAAGAAACAGGAAGAGAGACACCGGCAGAAGGGGAAGGGAGAGAUGAAUACUUCACUUGGCAAUGAUGACACGGACAUGGUUAUCAUCAAAGAAGUGAAGUUACUAAAGAUCUAGGUGCAACACUGUGUUUGAUGAUCAAACAUCGCUAGACCCGCUGUUGAAAUACGGUCAGGCCUGUACAUAGAGUCGCUCAAGGGAAACUCAGAGAGUGUCCUUCAUAGACGGGUCUAGGAAUGUUAUUUCCACUUAAGAGAAAUACCAAGUGUACUUUAUUAACAGAGAGAGGUCUUCAUUCUACAGUGGUGUUUUAACUCUUAUUAUAGAUGCCACUAAAGGGAAAUGUUAAAGUGUCUAUAAGCAUUAGCCACUUCCCAUCUUUCACGCAUGCAGCUUUAGGUUUGAACUGGGCUAGUGACGAACCAAGUUUACAAAUGUAAGAAUUUGAUUUUGUUAGCAUUCUUUGUGCUACUGAUGUUAUGCUAUGCUGUCAUGGUCAUUUAUUUCAAUAAUUACUUCAUCAGGUACUUACUACUACUUACUACUUUUCUGUAAUUAAUUUAAUCCAUAUAGGAACAAGGCUUGUCUACAUUGUAGGUAACCAGUCAUCUUUCCUCACUACCAAAUCACCCCAAAUGCUGGAAUUUGUGUGGUGCAUGUGUAUUAUAUACUAGGAAUGUAUAUGCGUGUUCUAAAUAUUGCAUAGCAAUACUUGCUAUCAACUAUACUAUGGGGUAUGUGCCAAGAUACCUACACUUAUAUGAUGAUUUACAGUCUAAAACAGGGUAGCAAAAUAGGCUUUCAGAUUCUGUCAUUAAAAUAACCAUCCACAGGACUAUGGGCCACGACUGCCAUUUACAUUUAUUCACCUAGCUCAUGCAUUUAUGGCGAGUUGUGUAGCAGAGUGGCUGACUAUGAUCUGUGUGUGUAAUAUAUAUAUAUAUGUAGUUGGUUGUAAAAGAUAUCAAUUCCUAAUUCAAAACGUUCAUUGUCCUUUUACUACUGCAAUCGUGUUUUUCCCGUAUUAGAAUAUUUUUUAAACAUGCAGAUCAAUAUGAUGUUUCUCCCUGUAAAUAUUUUUGGGUGUAAGGUUAUGAGUGUUCUUGCCCAAAUGUACACCUGUGAUUGUUUCACCGGCGAGUGAAUAUUUCUGUAUUUUGCAGUUACCGUGAACAUCUGUGCACUCCGCACGUUGUUGUUAUCUGCCAUAUAGCAUAAAAUCCUAGAUAUAAAAGCCUUUCUAUGUAAAAUUGACUACGGCAUUAUUUGCAUAUUUAAUCGUUCGCGCUGCUCCUUAGAAUGAUAAUUUAUUGUAAUCUCAGAAAACUCUGCACUUGUGAAUCGGCGAUUAGUUAAUGCGCAGUAGUUGCCUUGGGUACGCAACGGCCACUGCAUGUGCCACUCCCAUGGCAAACGUUCAUCGUAAAGGGGAAUCAUUGAUGUUCGUCCACUCUCCUGAUUCUAAUGAUAGGAUUUUGUGAGAUACUCCUUUACAGGAGGACAGCCAGUGAGUAAGCCACUAGUAGCAUUAUAACAAUAAAAUGAAACUGUUAGGUUUGCACACGAAUUACACAUUAGAAUAUUUCAUGUCAUUAGACAGAUUAGUGCCAUUUUAACCACAAGCUGUUAUUAGAUAUAUAUAUAUAGCAUUAAUGAUAACUGUCUUCCCAAAAAAAUAUCUCAAGUAGCAAUAAUACUCCUGUCUUCGCACGUCAAUGCCAAAAAUUCGGUCGACUUGUAAAGUCUACCACGCAUGCCGAGACAAAAUAUUGUACAUACAUAUCGUUUGCGAAUUGUGUAACUUGUUCAUUUUCGUAAGAAUGUUGUAGCUUUUCCUGUACAGACGUUUAGAUAGGUUUAUAUCAUAUUGUCAUAGUUAUUUUAGUCUCCCGAGUCUGUGAAGAGUCAUCGUAAGACUUCUCCAGCCACUUAACGUGAUUCAGUUUGCAAUAGUUGUAUAGGAUUCUCUGUGCUGUAUAGAUGGUGAUUCUUGUUAUAACUGUGAACAUUAUUCUCUCACGCACUCACAACAGUUAUAAACUAAUGAAAUGUCUAUUAGUUGCGAUGUUAAUAUGUUACUUAUGUAUAACUACAUGUGUUUAUACGAUAAAGAGAUUGACUUGUAAAAGUGGCAUGCCUGUGAUAACAUAGCCUUAUAGCAUUGUAAGAGUUCAGAAGUUGUGAAACGGCAAGUCGAUCAACUCGGCUUGCCGUGUUGUAAGUACAUGUGUAGUCAUAUUCUUUUAAUACAAUUUAACACAAUACAAGGUGAAAGCUAUUUAAAUGAUGGAAUGGUUGAUAUUGUUAACAGGCGCAGCAUAUGCUAUGUAGUUACAGCGGAGAGUUUGUAUACACAACUACUUGAUAUACAUACCUUACCUUAUAGGUUGAAGAAAGUUGGUAUAUAUAUAUAUGGGGCGCUGCUUAUAAGCAUUUUGUUUAAGCUUACCUGUUUUUAAUUCAUAUAUAAUCACCAAUGGAAACGUAUAAUAAAGUGUAUAUAAACGGCGCCCAAGCAUUGAAAACAUU